UUUCUCCAUUGGUGUGAUAAAAUGGUGGGUUGGUCACUAGAUUGGCACUAAAUGCUUUCGAAAAAGGAUCCUUUUAUUCAGCUUUAGAGCGUUGUAUGAGUAGCAAAGUUUUGUGUCUUCCUUAAAGAUGGAUGAAAGAAUUCUAGUAUUCCUACUAAUCAUUCUCACUCAUUUGUUGAUUGUACUAGCAAAUACAGCAAAUCAGGAUUACACUGCUCUGCUGGCUCUACAGAAUGAAUGGCAUAACACACCACCUAAUUGGGUGGGUUCAGAUCCUUGUGGAGGUUGGGAUGGCAUUGAGUGUUCCAAUUCACGGAUUAUCUCCAUAUCAUUAGCAAGCAUGGAUUUGUCUGGCCAGCUUACUUCAGAUAUUGGAUUACUUACUGAACUGCAGAUUUUGGAUCUGUCUUACAAUAAGAAUUUAACCGGACCACUUCCCAAUGACAUUGGAAACUUGAGAAAGCUGAGAAACUUACUUCUUAUUAGUUGUGGUUUCUCUGGUCCUAUCCCAGAUACAAUUGGAAAUUUAGAACGGCUUGUCUUCCUAUCUUUAAAUUCUAACGGCUUCAGUGGUCAAAUUCCAGCUGCCAUUGGUAAUCUCUCAAAUGUUUAUUGGCUAGACUUAGCAGAAAACCAGCUUGAAGGGUCCAUCCCCAUAUCUAAUGGAACUACUCCUGGUCUUGAUAUGAUGCACCAUACAAAGCACUUUCAUUUUGGGAAGAAUAAGCUUUCAGGAAACAUUCCUUCUGAACUUUUUAGCCCCGAAAUGACUCUAAUACACGUGCUUUUUGAGUCCAACCAAUUUACUGGUAGCAUUCCAUCUACGCUUGGGCUAGUCAAGCCUCUGGAGGUGGUGCGUUUUGAUGGUAACUUUUUAAGUGGACCUUUGCCUUCAAACAUCAACAAUCUUACAAAUGUUAGGGAAUUGUUCCUGUCCAACAAUCGCCUGUCUGGUUCCCUGCCAAACCUUACUGGAAUGAAUUUCCUCAGUUACCUGGAUAUGAGCAAUAAUAGUUUUGAUCCAUCAGAGUUACCACCGUGGUUGUCAACUCUUCCAACUCUGACAACAAUAAUGAUGGAGAAUACAAAACUUCAAGGACAUAUUCCAGUUUCUUUGUUCGGUCAGCAACAGUUGCAGACAGUGAUGCUGAAAAACAACCAGCUAAAUGGCACUUUAGAUAUUGGCACAUCCAUCAGCAACAACCUGGAUCUCGUUGAUUUGCAGAUUAAUUUUAUUGAAGCUUUCGAUCCACAAACCGAUGUUUCUAAAGUGGAGAUAAUACUUGUGAACAAUCCAGUUUGCCAAGAGACAGGAGUUCCACAGACUUAUUGCUCCAUUACAAAAUCCAAUGACUCAUAUUCAACACCACCAAAGAACUGUGUUCCUCUUCCCUGCAGCUUAGAUCAGACAUUAAGCCCCAAUUGCAAAUGUGCAUACCCAUAUACAGGAACUUUAACUCUCAGAGCUCCUUCCUUCUCAGACUUGGGAAACAAGUCUGUCUUUGUAAUCCUGGAGUCAUCUCUAAUGAAGUCUUUUCAAACUCAUCAAAAACCUGUGGAUUCAGUUUCUAUAAGCAAUCCUAGGAAGAACACAUAUCAGUACCUCGAUUUGACUUUAAAAAUAUUUCCAUCAGGCCAGGAUCGUUUCACUCGAGCAGAUAUUUCUGGUAUAGGCUUUCUUUUGAGCAACCAAACAUACAAGCCUCCUCCAAUGUUUGGACCAUAUUAUUUUAUACCUGAUGAGUAUGACGACUUUGUGGACAAUUCAGUACUAGAAGGUCCCGUGAAACACGGUAAAUCUUCAAAUACUGGCAUCAUAGCUGGAGCUGCUGCUGGUGGUUCUGCCCUGUUGGUGUUAGCACUCCUUGCAUGUGUGUAUGCUCUACGCCAGAAGAAAAAGUCAAAAAGAGCAACUGGGAAAAGCAAUCCUUUUGAACAAUGGGAUCCGGAUGAGAGCAAUAGUAACAUCCCACAGUUGAAAGGAGCAAGGCGCUUCACUUUUGAAGAGAUACAAAUUUGCACCAAAAACUUUUCACAAGUCAAUAAUAUAGGAUCUGGCGGUUAUGGGAAGGUUUAUCGAGGAAAUCUUCCCAACGGGCAACUAAUUGCAGUAAAGAGAGCUCAAAAGGAAUCUAUGCAGGGAGGGUUGGAGUUUAAAACUGAGAUUGAACUUCUAUCAAGGGUCCAUCAUAAGAAUCUUGUUAGCCUUGUCGGUUUCUGCUUUGAGCAAGGAGAACAGAUGCUGAUCUAUGAGUACAUUGCAAAUGGUACUUUGAAGGAUACUCUUUCAGGGAAGUCUGGAAUUAGAUUGGACUGGCUUAGAAGGUUAAAAAUAGCCCUUGGUGCUGCGAGGGGACUGGAUUAUCUGCAUGAACUUGCCAAUCCUCCUAUCAUACACAGGGACAUCAAAUCCACUAACAUUUUACUGGAUGAACGCUUGAAUACUAAAGUAUCUGAUUUUGGUCUCUCGAAGCCUUUGGGAGAUGGAGCAAAAGGUUACAUUACCACCCAAGUCAAAGGAACAAUGGGCUACUUGGACCCGGAGUAUUAUAUGACUCAACAAUUGACUGAGAAAAGUGAUGUGUAUAGCUUCGGAGUGCUAAUGUUGGAGCUGAUAACCGCAAGAAGGCCAAUAGAGCGAGGGAAAUAUAUUGUGAAAGUGAUGAAGAGUGCUAUUGACAAGUCAAAAGCCUUAUAUGGCCUUGAGGAAGUUCUUGAUCCAACUAUUGAACUGGGGACAGCACCAAGUGGUUUUGAGAGGUUUGUGGAUCUUGCAAUGCAAUGUGUUGAAGAGUCAAGUUCUGACAGGCCUACAAUGAAUUAUGUGGUGAAAGAAAUUGAAAACUUGUUGCAGUUGGCUGGUUCAAACCCCAUUUUAUCAGCAUCACCAUCCACCUCAUCUAGUUAUUAUAAUAAUAGUGCAAAUAAGGAGGGUUCCCAGCAUCCUUAUGAGAAUGAAUACUUUGGUUCAAGUGUGGUAAUUCCACGUCCAUGAAGUGUAACUUGUGCAAAUAAUGUAUAAAAAAACAAGGAAAACAAGUGCAAGGAGAAAUUAUUAAGUAGUUUUGAGACUAUCAUGUGUCUAUAGUCUUAAUUAACUAAUUUCUGUGUAACAUGUAUUUAAUUAUGUGUCAUGUGGAAGUUAGUGAAUCUGAUAAUUUCUUAGGGUGUAGGGCUUGGAGGAGGGAAUGGCAUGUUGUUAAUAGUGUAUUGUGCUUUUAGCUUAAGACUGAACAUGAACAUUGAUUGAAGCUGAAGUUUGAGGAGAAAUCCUAGUUUGAUUCUUGUUUCUUAGUUUAGCUGGGAUUGUGUAUAGUGUACUACUGUUGAACAUAUUAUAAAAUCUGUUUUUUGUUCAA